AUGGCUACGUAUCGUGACGAGUCAAUAGACAGCUAUUUGUACUCAUCGUACAACCCAUACACCGGCAGGUACCACAGACCCAAAGACAGCGGGAGGAAAUUCGGGAGUCACCUGUCCAGCUAUGCGGACGCGGACGCCUACAAUAACCAGCAGCGGGCGAAGCUGAAAUCCAUCUUAUCCCAGAUCAACCCGAAACUGACCCCGAGGCUCAGAAAGGCCAACACUAGGGACGUGGCGGUGCAGGUCAACCCGAGGAUCGAAGCUUCCGUCCAAUGCGCACUCGGGCCCCGGACCCUCGUCAACGUGAAGCGCGGACCGAAAGCCCCGCCGGUCGGAAGUCCCAAGGAAGGCGACGUGCGGUAUACCCGCAACCUCGCCGUCUAUUCGCCCAUGACGUACAGAAGCGUCACCUCCUUCAUCUUCGAGGAGAGUAAAGCGGUGGGGUCGUCCGCUCAGACGGGCGAGCCGCCCGGGCCCGCGAGGGAAAGCGGAGCUACGAAGGAAGCGAAAGCCGAGGCGGAGGACGCGGCGAAGAAACCCGCCGCCCAGCGCAAAAACCUCAAGGCCAAGCGACCGGUUAACGCGGGGGACGCGCAGUCCGCACAGGAGGGGUCAAAAGCCAAGAACCGCGUGAAGUUCCAGUUCCUCGAACAGAAGUAUGGCUAUUUCCACUGCCGCGAGUGUAACCUGCGAUGGGAGAGCGCUUAUGUGUGGUGCGUUCAGGGCACAAACAAGGUCUACUUCAAACAGUUCUGUAGGAAGUGUCAAGCGGACAUGAAUCCAUUCCGCGUUGAGGACAUCACAUGCCAAAAUUGCAAUAAGGCGCGCUGCUCAUGCGCGGUGAGUCCGCGCCACGUUGACCCCACACGACCCCACAGGCAGGACCUGUGCGGCAGAUGCAAAAGCAAGCGGCUCUCCUGCGACAGCACCUUCAGCUUCAAAUACAUCAUCUAAGGGAGCGACUUCACCGUAUCUUUGUCCGUACGCACCACAAUCCGAUCCCUCACGAGGACGUCCGGGGAAGCUGUGUAGAGCACGGGGGGUUUGGGAAUUCAGGCCGCAAAGUCGUCGUUGCACGAUUACUGAAUGUCAAAUAAAACGUACUAUCUAGCACUACCUGCUGUGACAUUCUUUGACACCUGCUUUCCAUUGGCUGAGCAACUGUUCCGACAACCUACCUGGUGUCUCUAAGCUUGUAUUUUUCCAAGUAGAUCCAAGGUCUAUGUAAUGGUUGCGGUUUGAAUUUGGCAAGCAUUUACCACCUUUUGGUCUGGAGGAAGUGCUUCAUAGCCAUGAGAUUUGUUAAUUAAACUCGGUGUAACUGCCAAUCCUUUGGUUCGAGUGCAUCCUU